UUACUUUUAUUGGGUGAUUUACUUAAGCUUUUAUUGAUAUAUGUAUUUAUUUUUUAUUUGGGCAGUUUUGGUCCUCCAUAGCAGGUUUUGCAGUAAAAUAUGUAUGUUUGAUGGUGUUUUGCAGAUCUGUUGGACGUACUCCAGUAAAAGCUUCAUGUCUGGAAUAUUCCAGGUUUAUCUGAUGUUAUAAUGGCGGCUUUCACACCUUUGCUGCUGCUCCUCAUGGUGUUCAUCGUUUCUGCUGUUCAGAAAGAGAUUCACUUUUAUCACAUCAGCACUGUUCACUACAGCCCUUUCCACACUACCUCCCCCGAGCUCCCGGAUACUGUCCGGCCGGAUGAUGAGAAUCUGGAUUCAGAAGAGACCCAAGAACUUUUCAUCCACCUUCUGGAGAUCAUAUAUAACAGUACUGAACAUGCUGAGAGGAAUAUCUGUGAGAUGGAGAGAUUCUCCAGAGGAGCCGUGACCUUAUCGAACUCUACAUCUGACCACGGACUUACCGUCCUGUACCGGAUAGCGACGGACGAUACGGUUCAGUGUGUGGUGCUGAACAGUGAUCUUCCUGUGGAUGAAGAAGAUUCACCCAGCCUCAGCCAGGUCAGCAGGGACUACCUGGUGCGGAGGUGCAUGGAGAGGAUCUUCAGGGGUUGUUAUGAGGCGGCGACCGGUUCUGAAGAUGAUUUCUGGUUUAAUAACAUCAGUGACUGUGUGAAUUCUCACCUGGUCAGAAUCAUCUUGACAGCAAAACCUCCAGCUGAAGAAGCCACCAGAGAAGACCUAAACGAUGUUCAGAUGGAUGAAGACCAGGGUGGAGAAGAUUCGGAUCAAGUCAAGAGAAGGUUGGCUGCUUCUAUGGAUAUUCCUCUAACUCUGGCUGGUGAUGAUUUUGAUCAGAAGGGACUGACUCCAGCUGGACCUGGUGAUUAUGAAGGUCAGAACAGACUGAUUCCAGCUAGACGAAGAUUUGCUGCUUCUAAGGAUAUUCCUCUAACUCUGGCUGGUGAUUAUGAAGGUCAGAACAGACUGAUUCCAGCUAGACGAAGAUUUGCUGCUUCUAAGGAUAUUCCUCUAACUCUGGCUGGUGAUGAUGGUGAUGAUGGUGAUGAAGGUCAAAACAGACUGGCUGCAGGACUGACCCCAGAUAGACGAAGAUUUGCUGCUUCUAUGGAUAUUCCUUUAACUCUGGCUAAUGUUUGUGGUGAGGAUGAUGAAGGUCAGAAUAGAUUGACUGCAGGACUGAGCCCAGCUGGACGAAAAUUGGCUGCUUCAAUGGAUAUUCCUUUGACCAUGGGUAAGGUUGAGUAUUUCACUGUAUUUCAGUAA